AUGGCGGCCACGGGCGAGGGAAGGAGCGAGGACGUGGGCGAAAUGGUGCCUGUAGUGGCGGGCCGGAAGUUUCUGGAUGUGGCUGCCGAGGAGCGGGUGCAGCAGGUGGUGGCCGAAGCGUUUGGCGGACAGACGGUGGUGAUGAGGGUGUGGGUGGUGCGCGGGUCAGCGGUGGUGGCCUCGUACGCGGCGCCGGGCCUGGCGUCGGUGCGGCUCACGGCGGCUGCAUGGUAUGCGCUCCGCAACGCGCACGUCGAGCCUGACAAGUCGGCCCUCUUUGCGGCGCAGCUCGGCUCGGUCAUGUACGACCAGGUGACCCGCGCCGACGACAUGGCGGUCUACGCGGGCUGUUCCAAGGCCGGCGGCGGCAUCAUUUACCACAGUGUGUCUGCGGCACUGUGCCGACGCUACCGAUUGUAG